AUGCCCUCCAGUUUGGAGCCUCCUAAUGACACCACGAGGGCAGUUUUACUGGCAUGGAUCAAUACCUUUCCUGCCACGUUGAGCAAGAUCAAAGCAAUAGAAGACUUGACGGAUGGCCUUGUCUUUUCUGAUAUGCUGGAGGACUUCGACCCCGCAUAUGCCAUCAAAGAUAUUCCGCAAACAACGAGUUCUACGAAAUGGGUUAUCGCCAAACAAACCUUGGAGGCCGUCUACAAAUCUCUUCUCAAAUAUGUUCACGAGCACUGUAACAAUUGGGUGAAGGCGGCGGUUGCCGAAUAUCCUAUCGAUUUCAAUGCUUUGGCUCAAUACUCGGAUCCCGUCGAAUCGACAAAGGUAGUAGGAAAACUUAUCACCAUAUUCAUGUUAGUCGCCCUGAAAGGUCCUAAUCAGAUGAGAUAUAUCGAUCGUGUCCGAACGAAGCUGGGCGUGUCUGCGCAAUCAGUCAUCGCGGUCCAUGUUGAAACAAUAGAGAAAGAUCUCGCAGUCGCCUUGCCAACCUUGGAGCUCAAUCGUCUCACCAAGCCAUACGACGCACUGGAUCUGGAAGAGAAGUUUUCUAUCGUAAUUAAUGACCAUGCAGCUUUGAAGAAACGCAAUGCUGACCUGAUUACACGAUUGGAAAAUUUGUCGGAAAGCCGAGAUCACUUACUAGAUGAAAACAAAGAACAAGACAUCCUUAUUAAACAGCUACAGGAAAUGAUUAAUCAUGGAGGCCAGAACGAGCACAUUUUGAGACUUGAAAAGAGACUCGAAGAUUCGGAACAACUAAUUGCCACGCAGGAGCAGCAGCUUGAAGACGCCCGGGUAAAUAGAGAACUAAAGAAUAAAGAGUUGGUGUCGGUUAAAAACAGUCGUGAUUUGGAGAUUCAGGACAGAUUCAAAGAACUCGAAGUCGAGAAUUCUGCUUUGCUAAAGAGAGCAAAUAAGGUGGAGCAUUAUGAAAAGAAACUUGCCCAACAAAACGCCAUUGAAAAAGAAAAUGCAAGGCUGCGUGAGCAGCUAGAUGUGCUACAAGAGAACCAAAAGGAUUAUGACAAGGUUCAUAUGGAAAAUGAACUACUCAAAACGACCCGUGGUGAAUAUAUGAAAGUACUCGAAACGCAGGAGCACACCAUAACCGAUCUUAGGAGUAAAGGUAUGCGCCUAGAAGAGGAGCUUAGAUUGCGGUUAGAGGAGAUAGAAGUACAUCUUGAAAGGCAGCGACAUGAUGAGAGAUACAUCAAUGAGCUUCAAGAACGUCUAGACUCACAAUCACCAGAAGAGCCAUCGGGAGGAUUAAGUCUGGAAGAUGAAUUAAAUCGAAGCGACAGUCCACAUGAGCCGAACCCACAGCUUGAGAUAUCAAGACUGAGAGCAGAGUUACAGGUUCUCAAGAGUAAUGAAGGUGGCAAAGCUAAUGCUGAACUUCGAAGCGAGCUGCAGAAAUCAGAAAUGGAAGUCCGCAGACUCCGCGAGAAAACUCAAGAGUUGAAAGAGGCUCACGCCGUAACUCAAGAUCAACUUGCAACGAUUAUGGGCGACAGGUCCUUACUCUCAACAGACGAAGCAGAACGAGCGAAGUCCGCCGGACAAUCAUUGUACAGCGACGCCACCCAAGAGAUCAAGAGAUUGAACCAGGCGAUAAACGAACUUAACGGGAAGCUUACUAGCAGCGAGCGAGAGUUGUUAAGAGCACGCGCAGAUUUGAGUGCUAUGGACUCCGAUGAGAUCACAGCAUUAGAACAGCUCAAAGAAGCAAACGAAUUAGUAGCAUCUUCAUAUGAGAAGGAUCUGGCACUCCUCCAGGCACAACAUAAUGAUUUGAGAGCAGAAUUCAUUGACCAGCAGUCUCACCUUCUUGCAGCUCUAAAGUCCAAAGAUAAGCUCUCGGAACAAAUGAAGACCAUCUUUCAAAAGCCAUCUAGUUCUAACGAAGAGACGGGCGAGAAUCCUGAGCCUGUAACAGCACUUGAUGCAUUGAAAGAGGUAAGUCAAGUAGACAAUAUUUCUACAUUAAAACCAUCUUCACCGACUUCACCAAAGAAACAAUCCGCAAUCAAGCGAAUCGGAACAUUGUUCGGUAGCAAAAAAUCUCAGGACUUCAAAACAAAUGCCGCAGGUCAUGAUCAACAAGGUGAAGAACUUGCCAGGGAACAGGCGGCAUUCGGUGUUCUGCCAGUAGCAUAA